CAAUUAAUUAAGAUAAUAUUCAGUCAGAAUGUCAUAAUUUAUAUAAUUAAUUGCUGACAUUUCCCUUCUUUUUUUAUUAGUAACUAUAAACUUGUAACUAAAAUAAUAAUUCCCUAGACAAAACUAAAUUCUAGUGACUUUUUUUCCAGUGCACAGUGACAUGAAUCAGCUGUUGUUGACAAUUUAUUUUCGACCUUUCACAAUAUAAAGAUUAUAAUUUGAAUUAAUAAAAACAUAUAUACUUAAAUAUUCACUACUUUUAUUUAAAAAACUGACAGGGUAUCAAAUAUUUAAAAAAAAAUAUUUGAAUUAUUUAUUUAAGAAAGUAAUUAUGAGUUUACAAUUAUAACCUUUAAUAUAAUUAUAAGAUGUUUAUUAUUUAAUUAGUGCUUUUAAUUUAUUUUUAAUUUUAAUUGUUAAUAAUAAUAAUAACAAUCAAUGGUCAACCGAAUUCCAGUGCCACAGGCAAAAUACGAAUUACUUACAACUGUACGGCAAACCAAUUGGAAAUCGCCAGUAGUGUGUCUAACUUUCGUGUUUAUAGUAGUCGGUACUCUAUUCGCGAUAAGAGUUUGUUCAGACAUUUUAACGCCGCGUAAUUUAGAAACCGGUCCAUUACUAGAAGUUAUAAUAACAACGGAAGAUGCCACGAUUGCUUCGUGGACACGCAGGGCUAGGAUGUACGCCGAAUCGUCGAAGGAAAACCAAAACGCAGACCGCAACACCACAAUUGUCACAUCAUCAUCAUCCUUUGGAAGCUCUCCAAGUAGCAAGAUACUGGUCUGCUACUACACCCUACCGAGAACCAUGAACACGACGAAGGAGCUCAGUCCAGCUCUCAUUGACCCUAAUAUUUGCACGCAUAUUAUCGUGGGUUUUGCGUCUGUGGUGAACUCUACCCUCAGUUUGGGCGCCAAUACAAAAAUUUAUUACGAAAUAUCUUCGUUAAAAAAGCUCCAGCCCAAACUGAAGGUCAUGAUUUCCGCUGGCGGAAUAAACGAGCUAACCCAAGGCUUUCCUGAGAUGGUCAAAACUCACGCUAACCGUAAAAAAUUUAUAAGAUCUGUCUUAAACAUAACCAAAGCCCUCAAUCUAGAUGGACUGGAUGUAGAUUGGGAAUUCCCAGCUUGGUUAGGCAACAAUGAGCGACAAAAAAUAUGGUUCGUUCAACUUCUCCAAGAGCUUCGCAAAGAAUUCGAUCGAUCUGGCAGAACAUUAAUUUUAUCGGCGGCAGUUGCUGCGCCCCCUGCUAUUGUCGACGAGAGUUACUUCGUCCCGAACAUUGCUGAGCACGUUGACUUUAUCAACCUAAUGGCUUACGAUUAUCAUUAUUAUGUAUGGUAUUUACCCGUAACUGGAUUGAAUGCCCCGCUCUAUCCCAGAUCGUCAGAAAUGGGCUACUCUGCGACACUUAACGUUAAUUAUUCAGCCCACUACUGGAUUUCCAAAGGAAUGCCAUGUGAUAAAAUAGUUGUUGGGAUUCCCACUUAUGGGCACUCGUAUCAGCUGGACAAUACAGAGAAUCAUGGAAUUAUGGCGCCCGCUAGAGGGUUCGGAAGACUCGGAGUCGAUGGUUUCGUGUUUUAUCCAAUGAUUUGUUGGUUACUUGGCAUCGGGGGUAAUAAAGUUUAUGACGAAGAAAGUCAAGCGCCUUAUGUUUAUAGAUAUGAUGAAUGGAUAUCUUAUGAAGAUGAAGCUAGCGUCACAGCAAAGGUUGAAUGGAUAAAAGCCAAUGAUUUCCGAGGUGCCAUGAUUUUUUCACUAAACACUGAUGAUUGGAGCGGAUCAUGUACAAACAUUGAUGGAACUACUAAUGAAACAUUCCCGCUGACACGUAUACUUGCUAAUAGUCUAUUUAGUACACAAAAUAGGUUAACCUCUCCGGGGUUAUAAUGCCAAAGUAAUUUAUUAAGGGCGUCAUUAGACAGUACCCAGUAUAUUUUAAAUUGAAAUCCAAUCGAUUAAUUGGAAAACUCCCACGAACAUUCCGAUUAACUGAUUGAAUUUCAGUAGGAUUCAAUCAGAGUUUUUAAUCAGACCUUUCAUAACCUUAGUAACAUUUUAUUAAUUAAUUAAAAAAAAAUUAAACCAUUAGUUUACAACAGAACAAUGUAAUUAUAAUUUCCCCAAGAUAGAUUUUACACAAAUUUACUUACAGUUCUAAAUCACCUGGGUAACGAAAUUUGUUAAAUAAAUUUUAACCUACAAAAUUUGGAAUUUCUAAUUGUAAUCUUGACAUGGAGAUUUUACUAGAAUUUAUUUAACAAAUCUUAUUAAACAGGUGAUUUAAAAUGACUAAGUAAUUUUUUACAAAUCUAUAUCCGGAUGAAAUUAUAAUUACGUUGUUCUUUUUAUAUUAACUGAUAGCUCUCUCAGAAAGUAAGUCACCGUCGAGCUCCGUCGGAAAUUUUCGGUUUGUAAUGAUAAUGUGUCGUAACGGCGUGAGAUCCAACUCGUUUUUUAAGGGUGGGGGUAAAAACCGACAGUGACUUACUGUCUGGAAAGACUUUACUUUAAUAUUUUUUUUAUCGUUAAGUCUGCAAAAGAAUGUGCUUUUCUUCCACCAAUUUUCUACAAUUAAGUCAUUACUACGCAUGCGCAUUAGUGCAAAAUCAUGGACUAUCAUAGCUCUAUAGCUAUAUAGUUCCAUACAACUAUUUGUCCCAAAAAAAGUUUGGGAUUUUGCCCGACCACAAUUAUUCCUUCUCUACCACAAUAUUUGGAUUUGCGCAUGCGCAGAGUAUCUUUUUCAGAAUAUUAUAAUAGAGAGGGAAAUGACAAUGGUGGGAAAAAUUCCCAAGCUUUUUCCGGGACGACUAUAAGUAGUGGGAGAAAAGCCCACUCUUUUGCAGACUCAACAACAAUUAAUAAAAUUUGAGUGAGGUUAUAACGGCUUAAGGUUAUGGGAGAAAUUAAAACAGUAGUGGUGAGGAGGGGGGGAGGUAUUGUCUUAGAAUACCUUCACAUAGUAUUACGCAAAUUCCAUAUUAAUAUUUACAAUUUAAUAGCAUUUGUUUACGUAAAUCUUGCUCAAUGUAGUAAAGAAUACUUGGAUUACUAAUAAACAUAAACAAUAAUAAUAAUUAUAAUGAUAAAGUGGAAAUUCAGGAUUAAAGAUUUACAUUUUAAUAUAUUAACUCAUUAACAAACAAUUGAAUAACUACGCACAUACUGCACUAAUUUGUUGAUUCAAAUAGACAAUUAAUUAAGUAUUUGAGAUAUUUAUAAAGUUUUAAAUGCAGUUUAAAAAAUAUACUAUACUAAAUGAAAAAAUAUAUAACUUAGUAAUUAAUAGAAAAAAAGUGAUUAAUAUCAUGCAAUACAAAGCAAUUAAAGAGGCUAUUAUUUAAAUCAAAUAAAUAAAUCAAUGGGUUGUAGUUUUAAUCAAAUUAAUUACUUAAUUAAGAUAUAUUAAAAAAAGUUGUUGAAUUAAUUUUAAAUGCUUGGAUGUUGAAUU